UUCCCAUUUACGUGUACAUCUUACUGGCUGUUUUUGGGAUAGGUCUGUUAAUAAUGGUCGUUGGUUUCAUAGUCAACAGGCGAAACCAGGAGAAGAAGAACAUGGAGGCUAUGGGAUGGAGGAUUGACCUAAGCGAUAUCAAAUUUGGUACCGCCAAACUACGUAGUGGAACCAGUGUGAACUAUUGUGGAAGUCAAAUCAGUGCUCAGUCAUCCAAAUCGAAAAUAGCUUCAAUUGUCUCAGAAAAUCAAAUAUUUAUUCAGACAGCUAUUUACAAGGGAGCUCCUGUGGCAGUGAAAAGAUUACCUUUUCUAGAUGUUGUUUUAAGCAAACCUCUGAUUAAGGAAUUAAAUGAGAUUCGCCGAACACACCACCAAAACCUGGUUCAUUUUGUUGGCGCCUGUAUUGAAAAAAGUGCAGUGUUAAUAUUGAAUGAAUACUGUAACAAAGGCAGUCUUCAUGAUCUUUUUGCUAACGAAACAGUCACAUUGGAUCAAGAUUUGCGUAUUUCUUUCAUCAAAGAUCUUGUGAAGGGAAUGAUCUUUCUGCACGAUUCCGAUAUAAAGUCGCACGGACGGUUAACCUCUUCCAACUGUGUUAUUGAUGGACGCUUCGUAUUAAAGGUCUCUGACUAUGGACUUGGUCAGCUCUAUAAACAGAAUAUCUCCCCUCCAAAGUUCAGUGAGGAAUACAAAAAACUGCUAUGGCGAGCUCCAGAACAUCUCAGAUCUUCGAUGCCAGCACGAGGCUCACAGAAAGGUGAUGUCUAUUCAGUAGGCAUCAUUAUGCAGGAAAUACUUUAUGAGUGUCUCCCAUUUGAAUCUGAAAGUUCGACUUUAACUGAAGAAGGGUGUAAUUUGAGAGGGAAAGAUAAAGACAUUAUGGAGACUCUUUUGGGAAGAAUGGAAAUGUAUGCUUCAAACUUACAGUCCUUGGUUGACGAACGAACUGAACAGCUAGAUUCAGAGCGAAAGAAAUUGGAAACACUCUUACAUCAAAUUCUACCAUCAUCAAUUGCAAACCAACUGAAGCUCGGUAAACCUGUAGAACCGGAAUCCUUUGAUUGUGUAUCAGUGUUCUUCAGUGAUAUUGUGGGAUAUACAGAUCUCUCGUUCAGCAGUACACCUUUAGAGAUUACGACUCUUUUGAAUGAUUUGUACAGCACAUUCGAUUCCGUGCUAGAAAAUUUCGAUGUUUACAAGGUUGAAACGAUUGGAGAUGCUUAUAUGGUGGCGUCUGGUUUGCCUAUACGUAACGGCAAAAAGCAUGCCGGGGAAAUAGGACGGAUGUCUCUUCAAUUGUUGCAGAAAGUUAGUACUUUUGUUGUGAAGCACCGCCCUAAAGAAGUCCUGAAGCUGAGAAUAGGUAUUCAUUCAGGUCCAUGUGUCGCUGGUGUAGUUGGUAUCAAGAUGCCGAGAUAUUGUUUGAUCGGAGACACUGUGAAUACAGCGUCCAGAAUGGAAUCUACUGGAGAAGCUUUAAGGAUCCAUUGUUCAGAAAUGACGAAGCAACUAUUGGACGAAAUUGGUGGAUUUUUUAUUGAACUUAGAGGAGACAUAGAGGUUAAGGGUAAAGGUAUUAUGAAGACAUAUUGGUUAAAGGGAGAGCAGGUCGUGAAAACAGAAAAACCAGACCCAUACUGUCUAACACCACCUUCAGAGUAAAAGUAGAUGCGAUAGAUGAGCGGGAGAGAAUUAUACGAGAAUAAAAGAGAGAGAGAGAGAGAGAGAGAGAGAGAGAGAGAGAGAGAGAGAGAAAGAGAGAGAGACAGACAGAGAGAGACAGUGAUAAACAGAAAUUAAAGAAGAACAAGUAUAUAGAAAGGAUGCAUGAAAGAAAGUAUGGAUGUUAAAAAAAAUGCUUAGUUUAUAUUGGUGACUGGCCGAAUUUACUGCACGUUCAUGGAUGUACUCUAGAUCAAUGUAUGAACCCUAGACUAGUGUGAGUAUCCUACCCUGAUAUCCUACAUUGAUCAAUAGGCCCUAGAUUAAUCAAUAUCAUAUACCCUAUUUUGAUGAAUCUAUUCUCGACUAAUAUACUCAAAAUUGAUGUACCCUAGCUUAAUGAAUAUGCUCUAGAUUGAUCAAUCCCUACAUUUUUGAAUGCACACUAGAUUGACGGAUUUACUCUUGAUUGAUGAAAGUAAUCUAUUAUAAAUUAACUGACGUGCUCUAGGUUGGUUAUCAUACCAAAAAUCAAUUUACGCUAGAUUAAUUAGCGUAUCCAUGAUUGAUUAAUGUACCUUGGAUUGGUAAGUAUACCAUAGAAUAAUUAAUAUGCUCAAGAAUAGCGAAUGUUUCCUAGAUUGAUUGAUUGAUAGACCCAACAUUGGCGAAUGCACAUUAAACUGAUCAAUAUUCCCGAGUCAUAUACUUAUCCUGAAGUUGGCACAUUAUUUCAAUUUUUUUCAUGUCUGUCUUGUAGUUUUAAAAAUACACUGAAAAUACACUCAGCUUGCAUUGGCCAAGAGGAAUAAAGUGCAAAAUAAGAAGUGAAUGUAACACAAUGAUUAUUAGUUAUUAUACUUCUAAUUGCUGGUGUUGACUCAUAGCUUUGAUCAAGCAAACCUAUGAUCAGAAAAAAUUCCUUAUGUGACCAUCGCAUCUUUUUAUAUUUAGACAUGGUAUAAUUAUGACUUUAUUAUCAAUGAAUUCUUCCUGUUUCUUUUUUUUUUUGUUCAAGACUGUAGGAUGUAAUUUGAAAGAAAUUUGGUACCUAUUCGUAGUAGGUCGAGCGACCGCAUAUUAAGUCGUUUUCCACCAGUAAUUAGAGAUAUAGAAAAGCAGAGUCGGAGCAGUGGUGUAAAAUGACGGGAACAAAAGGAUUUGAUAAUAACAGUUGGAUAUAUUAGGAUUAAAGGUUAGAGUGGAAGCUGAUGAGAAUAAUGGUAGUGGUUGUGGU